GGCAACACAUGUAACAUAACAUUCUUAAUUUAUCCGAUAGAUAGAGAGAGUGUGACAUAACUGACUCAGCAAACAAAACUGUGAUUCACAAUUUUCACAUACCCUCUUUCUUCAAUUCAUUCAAUGGCGGAUCAGAACAAAAAACCUGAGAUCUUUGAACUCAACAAUGGCACCAUGCAGCUCCUUGUUACCAAUCUUGGUUGCACUAUCACCUCCUUCUCUGUUCCUGCCAAAGAUGGUGUGUUAUCCGAUGUUGUUCUUGGCCUUGACUCUGUUGAAUCCUAUCAGAAAGGUCUAGCUCCUUAUUUUGGCUGCAUUGUGGGUCGGGUUGCAAACCGGAUUAAGAAUGGAAAGUUUACACUUGAUGGGGUUGAGUACUCGUUGCCUCUCAACAAAGCCCCAAACACUCUCCACGGUGGAAAUGUUGGGUUUGAUAAGAAGGUAUGGGAUGUACUUGAAUAUAAAAAAGGCGAAACUCCAUCAAUUACUUUUAAGUAUGACAGUCAUGAUGGAGAGGAAGGUUAUCCUGGCGACAUCACUGUCACUGCAACUUACACGCUCACCUCAAGCACGACUAUGAGGCUCGACAUGGAAGGAGUGGCAAAGAACAAGCCAACCAUCAUUAACUUAGCUCAGCAUACCUAUUGGAACUUAGCUGGCCAUAGCUCAGGGAAUAUUCUCGAUCAUUCAAUUAAGAUAUCGGCUAAUCAUGUCACUCCUGUUGAUCAGAACACCGUGCCAACCGGUGAAAUUGUGCCCGUGAAGGGUACUCCUUUUGAUUUCACAUCUGAGAAAAGAAUAGGUGAUACCAUUAAUCAAGUUGGUUUAGGAUAUGACCACAAUUACGUGCUUGACUGUGGCGAAGAGAAAGCCGGUUUGAGGCAUGCUGCAAAAGUUAGGGAUCCAUCAAGUUCAAGGGUACUUAACUUGUGGACAAAUGCACCUGGGGUGCAAUUUUAUACUGGAAAUUACGUCGACAAUGUAACCGGCAAAGGAGGAGCUGUAUAUGGAAAGCAUGCCGGAUUAUGUCUCGAAACACAAGGAUUCCCUGAUGCAGUAAACAAACCGAAUUUUCCAUCCGUUGUUGUUAAACCUGGCGAGAAGUAUCAGCAUUCUAUGUUGUUUGAGUUUUCGAUUGAAUAAACAUUUUUGGAGAGUUGGAGUGAGUACUGAAAUAAAUUCUGCAGACUUGUUCUGCUUAUUAUUAUGGUUUUGAACAUGAACUCUGGUUGCUACUAGAACUGUUUACUUGUGUUUAAAUAAUUGUCUUGAUUGUGAGAGACUCAGUUUUAAGAGCACAUCAUGAGCUGUUUUUAUUUUAUAA